AUGACAACUGGCCUGCCGUCUAAGUACCGUGCUCUUGUGCUUGAAGAUCAUGAGUCCGGGUUCCAGAUCAAGAUUCUUACAACGCCACGGCCGGAUAUUGGCAGCGCUGUCGUCCGCAUUUCCGUAGCUGGAAUUUUACCCUACCACCGUGACGUUUAUGAUGGCAAGCGCCCUAAUUCAUUCCCCACGCCACUAGUUGGUGGCUUUGGUGCCAUUGGCCAUGUUGCGGCAGUCGGAUUCGACGCAACGGCCCUUAAACCUGGACAACUUGUUUACGUUGACUGCGUUAUACGGGCCCGUGAUGAUCCAGAUUCUUUUUUCUUGGCGGCAAUAUAUGAGGGGUCCAGCAACGGCAGCAAGAAAUUGAUGCGAGAUGUGUGGCGCGAUGGGACAUUCGCAGAGUACGCCAAGGUACCAUUGGAGAACUGCAUUCCUCUUGAUGAAACAAGGUUGUGCGGUAAUCUUGGAUAUUCGGUUCAUGACUUGAUGUACAUGGCAUACUUGCUUGUGCCGUAUGGAGGCAUAAGGGAUAUUCAGCUUGAGCAUGGUGAGACGAUUAUUGUAUGCCCAGCGACAGGCUUCUACGGCAGCUUGGGCGUGCAAAUUGCGGCUGUAAUGGGUGCAAGAGUGAUUGCAAUGGGUCGAAGUGAAGAGAAACUGGCGAAAUUGGUGGAAGAUGUGCAGAAGGGAUCACCUGGUGCGACUAUUGAAACGGUUAAAAUAACAGGCGAUAAAGACAAGGAUGCAAACGCACUACGAGUAUUUGGUGCCGCGGAUGCUGUUUUGGACAUCACCCCCAAAGCUGCGUCAAUGUCGACACACACCAAGAGUGCUAUCAAAGCGUUACGUCGUGGGGGAAGGGUCAGCUUGAUGGGAUCUACCGAAAAUAUUGCUGUUCCAGAAAUCAUGGUUAACAAUAUUACGUUGAAAGGUAAAAUGAUGUACGAAAGGGAGACUAUUCUCCACUUUGUCAAGAUGCUGGAGCGAGGCUUAUUUCCUCUAAGCAAGGAUUUUAUGGAGACUAAAGUCUUUUCAUUGGAUGAUUGGAAGGCUGGGCUCGAUGCAGGCGCCGAGCACAAUGGUAUUGGCAAAUGUGUAACAUUGGCUCCUUAG